AUGGGAGCUUGCUGUGACACUAAUUAGAGAUAGGGUUCCAUUAUAUCAAAGAAUCCAUUCUCACAAUUAGAUAUGAAUUUUGGAGAGUUAAAAUAUGAUAAAGUAAGAAAAGAAAAUUGGGAUAAUGUAAUACUGGGUUAUGAGCUUAUUGAGACUAUUAUCAAAGCAAAGACAUCUAAGUAAGUCAUUUAGUAUCUGGAGGAAAAGCAAAAGAUCUCACCAAUUAUCUUUGAAUCAAUUAGAGCGAAGACAUCAAACUAUAAAGUAGAGAUCGAUGGAGAACUAAUCAAUACCGCAAUGUGGAAUCCUGUAAUGUAUGCAAUAGCUAACCCUAAUAAAUUGCUUGAGCUUGUUAAGUACAUGAUUGAAGUUAUUGGUGUCCAUACAGGAUUAAGUUUGAAAGAGCCAAUUUAUGAUUCUGAACUUGAUGGAAUUUUAGAAUCGGGAGAAAAAAGCACUGCUAAAUUUUGGAAGUCUACUUUAGCUUUAAGUUUAGCGAUUAAAAAUUGUGAUAUAGAAAUGCUCGAAUAUUUAUGGAACGAUCAUUACUUCUUGUGGGAUAUCACGGACUUAGAUCAAUUGAUGGAUACUUUAUAUAAUUAUGAGUUCCUAGACGCAUUAUCAGUCAUUCUAAGAGGUAAAACCUUUGUAAAUAUUAUUCUUUCGCUGUCCUUUGAUGAACAAGUAUUUUAUAUUGAGAAAAUCUUAUUUGAUAAGUUUGAUCAGGAUACUUAAGAUUCAAUCUGCACGUUUAUAGAUGAUGCCUUAGCAAGUAAUAAAAACUUUGGCACAUAGUAUUUAUAUCUUAAUUUGAAAAGGGAACAUAUGCUUAAAGAUUUGAUAGAUGUUUGCUUAAGAAAUUCUAAUCAUUAUAUGAUCUAUCAAAAUUAUGAUAUGUUUCAAUGGAUAUUUGAAAAUAUGGAUCCGGAUGUGAAAUAAGAUUUAAGAAUAACAUAGUUAUUUAUAGAGAAAAUAAUUGAAGGGAAUAAAUAGGUUAUAGAACUAAAAUUCGUAAAUGAAGAAAUCCUAAGACUCAGCCAAUCAGGGAAUAUCCAAAAGAUUGUAAAAUUGAUCGAGCAUGGUAAAAUAUAAGAAAUAGCAUAAAUAAGAGAUAAGGAAGGAAUAGUAUUUGACGCUUUUGAAGAAAGGGAAGAAAUGAUAAAUACUUGCGGUAAUAAUUAUGGAUUAUUUGAUGACAAUGCAGUCAUUAAUGUCGAUGAAGAGGUGCUAAAAGAAUGGAAUCCACUUCACGUAGCUAUAUUCUAUAAUUAGUUAAAAUUAGUAAAAUACUUUUGUGACAAUUUGAAGAUCAAUGUCCAAGCAUCACUGAAAAUGCCAGGAUACAGAAAGAGGAAAAAUAUGUCUAGCAAUUAUUAAAGCAAUUCAAAGGAUUAAAUAUCGAUCAAUAAUGGUAUAGACUGUCUACUCUUAUUUGUAUUGGAGUGUCUUAGAUACAAUUUAAAGAAAAUUAAAGUAGGCGCAGAGGAUAUUUUGUUAUACUUUUGGGAUUAUCAUGGAUAUCUAUUUAAUGAUUUAGAUUUGAAAAUCAUGAUUGAAUAUCUUUUUAAACUUUAAAGAGAUGAGCUUUUGACUAAAAUUUUAUUCAUACCUACAUCAGUAUACAUUAUAAAAAAUAUGCCAUUUGAAAAAAGACUGAUUUAUCUUAAAGAAAUACAAUAUAUUGCCUAUUAGUUCUUGGGUAAAGAAAAAUACUUUUUUAGUGAGCAAGCAAAUGCCAUUAAUGGUUUUGACAAAAACAAAAAAGAAAUUGAGCAGAAUUAAAGCUUGUAAUUUAUAACUGAACUCCUUACAGAAAGACCUUACUCCUUAUAUUGCAUUUUCCUUACAAUGGAAAAAAGCCCAUUCUUUUUUAAAUAAGCGUAUCAAAUGAUUACUGCUCAAGAUAUAGAAGAAUUAAUUCGAUGUUCUCAUGACAGAGCUGUAAAUAUAACUGAGAUUAAGAAUGGAGGUCAGAAGAAACGUUAAGAAUUGAUGAAGGAGAUAAGGAAUUUUGAAGAGAUUAAGGACGCUAUUUAUGAACUUGGUGAAAGAAUUCUUAAUAGCCCUCUUCUAUCAAGAGUAAAUAGUAGGAAAUUAGAACUUAAGGAAGAUGAUAACUCAAGAAUGCAAUAGAGUUAACGAAGCAGAUAGUCAAAGCAAAAUCUAAUUUAAUACGGAAAAAUAUCAGUGGAGGAGCUAUGA